AUGCUCAGCGGCGUGCCGGGCUUUGAGACGGAAGGCGCGGCCUUCAGGCCCUUUGUGGAGGUGAGAGCGGGCGAGACCCUCUACUCGUCCUUCAAGGGCCAGGGUGAGGAGGUGUGGCCCAGCAGCUACGCGCCCACUGACUCGGUGGUGUCCUGCCCGCUGCCGACGGACCUGGUGGUGUCGGGGGAUGUGCUCGUGGAGGACGGCCAGUCGCCCAUGCAGUCGCCCAAUGGAAAUCGCCAAGUGCAGCUGAUCAGGGACGCCUGCAGCGUGGCGCCUGCCGAGCGGUCGGCGGAGCAGGACCGGAUCCUCGCCUUCGUGCAGGAUGUAAACUUCUUUACCGAGCUUCCGCGCGCGCAGCAGCGCGCCCUUUGCCAGGUUAUGACUCUGGAGGCCGUGAAGAACAGGGCCAAGAUCUUCGACGUGGGAGAAGUCGGUGACAAGUUUUACAUCAUCCUCACCGGGGCCUGCAUCGUGCAGGUCCCUGUGGAGCCCGUGAGCGUGUGGAAGCGGCCUCCCAAGGAGGAGCCGGACAUGCAGACCUUGGCACAGCUCAAGGAGGGCCAAGGCUUCGGGGAGCUGGCCCUGCAGGAGACUACUCCUCGUGCAGCCACGGUGGUAGCAUCCCAGACCACGGAGCUGUUGGUCACCAAACGCGAGGACUACCAGAAGUUUGCCAGCGCCGAGCACAGGAAGUUUGUGCAGGCGCGGGUGCGGUUCCUGCAGAAGUGUCCGCGCGUGCUGCAGGCCCUGAAGCAGUGCGAGGCCACGGAGCAGGACGUGAAGAUCUUGGCCCAAUGCCUCCGGGAGAAGGUGCUGCGCAGCGAGGACGUGCUGUGCCGCCAGGGCGAGGUGGCGGACUUUGCGGUGCUGGUGCGGUCGGGACGCCUGCGCCAGCUGCGAUGCCUGGGGGCCAAGGCCGAGGAGGACAAGCUGCAGGAGAAGCGGAUGUCCAAGCACGGUUCGGUGCAAGAGCCACCGGACUUGCAGGAGGAGAGGAUGAAGGUGCGGCGCAGCCGGGUGAGGGAGUUGCAGUUAGAAAGCGAGGACGGCGCAUCCUUGCACCACUUCAGCCGCAUGCCCACGUUGCCCGAGGACGAGUUCGAGGCGGCAGCACCUCUGGAGCUGGCGCGGCCAAAGCUGCUGCAGCUGGGCACCUUGAGCCGCUUCGCGGUGCACGGCUGCUUCGAGCUGGCGGCCGGGGAGCAGUGGAAAGCCUCCCUGGCAGCGGAGACCUCGGCGGAGGUGUACCUCCUCUCCAAGCACGACUUGCUGCGCACCGUCUCCAAGAAGCUCAUGGCGGCAUUGGUGGCAGCCUGCCAGGAGAUGAGACACAGCGACGCGUGGCUGCUGCAGAUGUAUCGCCAGACCCGACGCUGGGAGGCUUACAAGCGCGAGUUCCAUCCGCAGGACUCCUCUCCGGAGCCGGAGCGCAGGAAGGACGGCCCCUUUCGGCGCAAGGUGGCCCUCACCCCGCGGGAAGAGGAGUUUUACAGCGACUCCCCGGCCUCUCAGCUACGGCGCAUCAAGGCCAUCGGCAAGGAUCCCAGGCUUCGGAAGGCCAAAGAGGAGAAGUCCUACCUCACGCUCGGGGACCUGAGCACGAAACGCAUGGCGAAGCCCUUGGGCGCAGACUGGGACCCGAACAUCUUCUUCGUGAAGCACUGGUCGGUGAUCUCGCACCACCAGGAGGACUUGCAGGUGGAUGUGCAGGACAUCGAGCGAGAGAUCGAGGCCUACCGACGCCACGCUGCGGAACCUGAAGCCGCGCCCUCCAGCGCCCCAGCGCCAACGUCCAAAACCCCGCGGCGACCGGCGCCGGUGGCCCCGCGGGCGCCAGCGACGCCUGCCCCGACGCAUUCGCCGCGGCGGGCAGCUUCGCCGCGGCGGGCAGCUUCGCGGGAGUGGACGCCGCUGGUCACGGCGCCAAGGAUUCUGAGGAUGCAGGACCUGGAGCGGCAAAGCCAGAUGGCCGAGUGGACCGACAAGCUGCCAAAAAUGGUGGCAGGUAGGUGA